AUGGCAGUCGCAUCUUUUUCUAUCUAUCUAUCUAUCUAUCUAUCUAUCUAUCUUAGUUUUGAUUGGUAUCUCUUUAUAGAUGAUCUAUAUAACCUAUCUAUCUAUCUAUCUAUCUAUCUAUCUAUCUCUAAGUUUUGUUUGGUAUCUCUUUGUAUCUGUUGGCUUAUAUCUAUCUAUCUAGCUGUCAGCCCCUUCUUUAUCUAUCUAUCUAUCUAUCUAUCUAUCUAUCUAUCUAUCUAUCUAUCGUACUUUCUUUCUUUCUUUCUUUUAAAAAAACAGUUUUUCUGCUCUUAUCUAUCUAUCUAUCUAUCUAUCUAUCUAUCUAUCUAUCUAUUUAGCUAUAAUUUCUUUCUUUGUUUGCUCCUGGAUAUUUUUCUUUCUUUCUUUCUUUCUUUCUUUCUUUCUUUCUUUGUCUGCUCCUAUCUAUCUAUCUAUCUAUCUAUCUAUCUAUCUAUCUAUCUAUCUAUCUAUCUAUCUCUUUGUUGCUUUCUUUCUUUCUGUCUUUUUCUGUUCCUAUCUAUCUAUCUAUUUGUCUAUCUAUUUGUCUAUCAUUUCUUUCUUUCUUUGCACAUGUAUAUUUUUCUUUCUUUAUCUGCUCCUAUCUAUCUAUCUAUCUAUCUAUCUAUCUAUCAAUCUAUCUAUCUAUCUAUCUAUCUAUUGCUUUGUUCUAGCUAUCAUUUUUCUUUGUUUGUUCAUGUAUAUUUUCUUUCUUUCUUUCUUUUUCUUUCUUUCUUUCUUUCUUUCUUUCUUUCUUUCUUUCUCUGCUCCUAUCUAUCUAUCUAUCUAUCUAUCUAUCUAUCUAUCUAUCUAUCAGUCAUGACAUACAAUCGGUUCGAAUUUGAAUAA